AUGAAGGCAGAUGGCAGGCAGAGCUGUUUCUCCGACAUCUAUGCCGGCUCAGGGGGGAGCCUAUCUCUUUGCCUUCCGUCCUGUCACCUUUUCCCAUCCCCCUCUCCAUCUCCUCCUCUCCUCUUCAUAUUGCCCCUCCCCCAUCUCCCCCUCUCCUCCUCAUAUUGCCCCUCCCCCAUCUCCCCCGCUCCUCCUCAUAUUGCCCCUCCCCUCCAGCUGCCCCACAUGGAUGCCCCUCUGCCACGCCCCCACAUGGAUGCCGCUCUGCCAGUCAGUGAGCAAUUUGCGCUCUAUGCCAGCUCAGGGGGAGCCUAUCUCUUUGUUCCGCAUCCUGUCAAACCUCGUUCCCUCUGCCGCUCCAUCCCGCCCCCUCUUCCGUUCCCCCCCCAGCUGCCCCACAUGCGCGCCCCUCUGCCAGUCAGCGAGCAAUUCGCCCUCUAUGCCAGCUCAGGGGGAGCCUAUCUCUUUCUGCCACAUGGCACUGCCGUUCCUAUAGUGAAGGAGCAGCAGGGUGCGGGUAGCAGCAGGAGCACGGGAAAGGAAAAGCACAGGCACGGGGAGAGGAGCGGGAGUGGGUAUGGGGGAGACAGGGAGGAGGAGAGAGGGGGAAGGGGUUCUGGGAGAGUUAGGGGGGAGAGGAGGGGGAAGGGAUAUGGACGGAUUGAAGGGGAGCGAGGGGGGAGUGGUGUGCAUGGGAUGGUUAAGGGGGAGGAGGGAGGGUCGACCUCGUUGGUGUGCAGAGGGCCGCUAGUGGAGGAGGUGCAUACACGGUUCAGAUUCACCCAUCCGAAUGAUUGGACGGCUGAGGUGCAAGCUGAGGAUGUUGACCCUUGGGCGGGGGGGGGAGGGGAGGGGGAGGGGACUGGGGAGGGGGGAGGGGAAAGGGAGGCAGGCACGACUGCCAAUGUGGCAGAGGAAGCUUUUUCUGCUACAGCCCGAAAGCUGCUAGUUGAUGAUAGUGAAGCUGACAAUAGCGAGGAUGAAAGAGAUGUUUCUGGGAGUGAGGAUGAGGAGGAUAGACAGGGAACGAGUGAGAGAGGGGCUGUGGGAGAGAGUGAGGGUCAGGAUGAAGGAAGACACUUGGAAGAGGGAGAGUGGGCGAGCAAAGGAGUAAGUGUGGCUGAGGGAGCAAGCGGGGGAGUGAGUGAGGGAGCGAGCGAGGGAGUGAGUGGGGAGGAGCUAGACGUGUUGCAUCCGCGCCAUUUUGAGGGGAAGGAAGCGGCGGGAGGGUUGGUGUGGCUGACUGGCGAGCAGCAGCGAGUGUUUGGUAAGCUGCUGGAGCAAUCACAGAGGGAGGAGCAGGGGGAGGAGAAGAUUCAGAGAGCGAGUGAGGGAGUGAGUGAGGGAGGGAGGGAGGGAGCGGGUGGGGGAGCGAGUGGGGGAGCGAGCGGGGGAGCGAGUGAGGGAGCGAGUGAGGGAGCGGGUGAGGGAGUUAGCGAGGGAGCAGGCGAGGGAGUUAGUGAGGAAGCAAGAGAGGGAGCGAGUGAGAAAGUGAGUGAGGGAGUGAGUGAGGAGGAGCUAGACGUAUUGCAUCCGCGCCAUUUUGAGGGGAAGGAAGCGGCGGGAGGGUUGGUGUGGCUGACUGGCGAGCAGCAGCGAGUGUUCGGUAAGGUGCUGGAGCAAUCACAGAGGGAGGAACAGGGGGAGGAGGAAAUUCAAAGAGCGACUGAGGGAGUAAGUGAGGGAGUGAGUGAAGGGGUGAGCGAGGGAGCGAUUGUGGGAGGUAGUGAGGGAGCAAGUGAAGGAGAGAGCGAGGGAACGAGCGAAGGAGCAAGUGAGGGAGCGAGUGAGAUCGCGAGUGAGGGAGUGAGUGAAGACGAGCUAGAUGUUUUGCAUCCGCGCCAUUUCGAGGGCAAAGAAGCGGAGGGAGGGAUGGUGUGGCUGACUGGCGAGCAGCAGCGAGUGUUUGGAAAGGUGCUGGAGCAGUCGCAGAGGGAGGAGCAAGGGGGGGAGGAGAUUCAGAGAGUGAGCGAGGAAGUGAGUGAGGGAGGGAGGGAAGGAGGGAAUGAGGGAGCGAGUGGGGGAGCGAGUGGGGGAGCGAGUGAGGGAGCGGGUGAGGGAGUUAGCGAGGGAGUUAGUGAGGGGGUGAGUGAGGAGGAGCUAGACAUAUUGCAUCCGCGGCACUUUGAGGGCAAGGAAACAGCGGGAGGGCUGGUGUUUCUGACUGGCGAGCAGCAGCGUGUGUUUGGAAAGCUGCUGGAGCACUCACAGCGGGAGGAAGACCAGGGGCAGGGGCAGGGGCAGGGGCAGGGGCAGGGGCAGGGGCAGGUGCAGGGGCAGGGGCAGGGGCAGGGGCAGGGGCAGGGGCAGGGGCAGGGGCAGGGGCAGGGGCAGGGGCAGGGAGAGGAGGAGACUCAGCACACGCAGCAACGAGAAGAGUCAGAAGGCGAGCGGUUGGCUGCGAUACAGAGCGGUGAAGAAGCAAAACUCCUGGCAGAUCUUGCAUCACCGAACCUCGCAUCACCAGACCUUGCCUCGGCACGUGCAGCAGCGGAGCAGCGGCGAGAGGAGCGGAGGAAGCAGCGGUUGAGAUGGAUGCAGAGGGUGCGGGGGACGCAAGGGGCGGGGCGGCCGCCGUGGUUAGACGAUGAUUUUAACUACACACUGCUCUCGCCUGCUGAUGCUGCCAGUCAAGAGGGGUUGGAUGCGUUGUUUGGGGGGCCGGAAGAGUCAGAGGAAGAUGAUCAACCCGACAGCUUCGACCAACAGUCUCACCCCUCAUUGCAGCAGCAGCAGCAGCAGCAGCAGCAGCAGCAGCAGUCUCAAAGUUACCAGCAGCAGCAGCAGCGGCGGGGGGCACCAGAGCCAGUGGUGCGGGUGGUGAGGCUGUACAGGGUGCAUUCGGUGCAGGCUCUGCUGGUGGAGGUGCAGCACCGGGUGGACCUCACCAGCCGCAUGUGGCUCGGGAACAAGGAGCUCGUGGUCCGGUCCGGCAACGUCUUUCACACGGACCUGAAUGGCUUUCAGAUGGUGCGCAGGGAGACCCUCGCUCGCAUCCCCCUGCAGGGCAACUUCUACCCCAUGCCCGCCCUCGCCUUGCUGCAAGACCCCUCUGGGCUGCGCUUUUCUGCUCACACACGCCAGGCCAUGGGAUGCGCCAGUCUCAAGAGUGGUUGGCUGGAGAUGGUGUUGGAUCGACGGCUGAACCAGGACGAUGGGAGGGGGCUCACACAGGGAGUGUCAGACAACCGCCCGCUGCUCUCUAUCCUCCACCUCUCCCUCGAAGCCAACACCUCCUCUCGCCCUCCCCCCUCCCCCUCCUCCUCCACCCCGCUCAAGCCCUCCCUCCUCUCUCACUGCGUCUCCUCCCGGCUCAACUACCCGCCUGUUCUUUUCAUCGGGCAGCCCGAAAAUUCUGCGGCUCUGCGCGAACUGGUGCCGCAGGGUGGCGCGGGCAGGGAAGAGACAGGUGGUGGUCGGGGCAGGCAGGAGCGAGAUGGAGUGGAGGGUGCUGGGAUGUGGGAGCAGCAAGGGGGCCGGAAGGCAGGUUCGGGGAAGAGCUUGGGGAAAAACACAGGAGGGGGUUCGAGAGUAGCGGUGACGGCCAUGUCGGAGGGCGAGGUCGAGGAGUACCGUCGCCGCCGGCAGAUCUCCGUCGAGGGCCGCGGCGUGCCCAAGCCGUGUCGCACGUUUGAAGAGGCCUCGUUUCCCGACUACGUGCUCGUGGAGGUGCAGCGCGCGGGAUUUAAGGAGCCCACGCCGAUCCAAGCGCAGGGAUGGCCCAUGGCGCUUAAGGGGCGGGAUUUGAUCGGGCUCGCGGAGACGGGGUCUGGGAAGACCUUGGCUUACCUUCUUCCUGCUAUUGUUCACGUCAACGCCCAGCCUUAUCUCGCACCCGGAGAUGGCCCCAUCGUGCUGGUGAUUGCGCCCACGCGAGAGCUAGCUGUGCAGAUUCAGGAAGAGUGCACCAAGUUCGGCGCGUCCUCUAAGAUCAAGAGCACCUGCGUCUACGGCGGCGCGCCUAAAGGCCCGCAAAUACGAGAUCUCAACCAAGGCGUGGAGAUCGUGAUUGCGACGCCAGGGCGUUUGAUCGACAUGCUGGAGUCGCGGAUUACCAACCUUCGCCGCGUGACGUACCUCGUGUUGGACGAGGCGGAUCGCAUGCUCGACAUGGGCUUCGAACCCCAGAUCAGAAAAAUCGUCUCGCAGAUUCGCCCUGAUCGCCAGACGCUCUACUGGAGUGCCACGUGGCCCAGAGAGGUGGAGACGCUCGCCAGGCAGUUCCUGGUUGACCCGUACAAGGUUGUGAUUGGCUCCGCGGAGCUGAAGGCGAACCACUCAAUCACGCAGGUGGUGGAGAUUUUGAGCGACCACGAGAAGUACCCCCGGCUGCUCAAACUUCUAGAGCAGGUGAUGGACGGCAGCAAGAUUCUGGUCUUCAUGGACACGAAGCGCGUGUGCGACCAGGUGACCCGCCAGCUGCGCAUGGACGGCUGGCCUGCGCUCUCCAUCCACGGCGACAAGAGCCAGGCGGAGCGCGACUGGGUGCUCUCGGAGUUCAAGACUGGCAAGAGCCCCAUCAUGAUCGCCACCGAUGUUGCUGCCCGCGGGCUAGACGUCAAAGACAUCAAGUGUGUGAUCAACUACGACUUCCCCUCCACCUGUGAAGACUACGUGCAUCGCAUCGGCCGCACAGGCAGGGCGGGGGCGACGGGAUUCUCCUUCUCGUUCUUCACGGCCGGCAAUGCCAGGCUGGCGAAAGAUCUUAUUAAGAUUCUCACCGAGGCCAAUCAAGUCGUGCCACCUGCGCUCGCUGCUCUCGGGAUGAGCGCUGGCAGCAUGAGGGGCGGGGGAGUCGCCUCCCCAUCCCCCGCCUUCCCCCCGCCUCCCUCCAUCUAUUUCACUCCUUCCAUCUGCCCUUGCUUUGGAGCCUCACUGGCUCUGAGAUGA